GUUAGGGAGAGAUCACGCAGCGCAGACGCAUUCACCGAUAUUCCGCUCGCCAUCCGAUGGUUUUAUUAACCAGGCAUUGAAUAUUUGCAUUCGGCAAUAACCCGGAUUCGCGUUAGAAAGACGCCAGCGUCACUGUCAUGCAAUGACUCGGAUUUGAGCGCAGUGAGUGGUGGUAGCCGUGGUAACCGGGGGACAAUGGCGCAGUGAUGAAUGGGGACGCCCCCCCCAGCAGCGCCGAUUCGUCCUGCCCCCUCCCCGACUGGCGGGAGUUCUGCGAGCUGCACGCCCGAGCCACCGCCUCCGACUUCGCCCACAAGUUCCGGCGCUUUCUGGGCGAGAACCCGUGCUACGCCUCGCCGGGCGCCGACGUGUCCUUCUCCCAGCACUUCGCCCGCCACUUCCUGGACUGCUUCACGGCCGAGCUGAGCCACACCCCCCCCUCGGGCUCGCCCGCCGGGCCCAAGUCCGCCAUCGUCCCGUUCGCCGGCCUGCAGGGCUGCCCGCUGCUGCCCUACGACCUCUACCAGCGGCCCAAGGUCACGGGGGCGUCCAGCGAGUCUCUCGACAGCAUGGACGGCGGCCAGGCCCCGCCCCCCGGCCACAAGGCCCCGCCCCCCGGCCACAAGGCCCCGGCCCUCGGCCAAUCGCGGAGCACGGAGGACGUGUCGGGGGCGGGGCACCCCAAGGCCAAGUUUAAGAAGGGCUUCUCGCUGCGCAACAUGAGCCUGUGUGUCGUGGACGGCGUGAAGGAGAUCUGGCACCGCCGCGCCUCGCCCGAACCCGCCGGCCCCCGCCUGCGCCUGUCCCGGGGCCCCGCGGCCGCGCUGCGCCCGGAGCCCCUGGAGGUGCAGCGGGAGGGGGCCCUGCGCUUCAUGGUGGCGGACGACGACACGUCCUGCGUCAGCGGCGCGCAGUGGCAGAAGUGCCGCGUGCUCCUGAGGAAGGCCGGGGCCCACAGCGAGGGCGAGCGCUUCCUGCUGGAGUUCUACGUCCCGCCCAAGUCCUCCAAGCCGAAAGUGUGCGUCCCCCUGUCCGCCAUCGUGGAGGUGCGCACCACCAUGCCCCUGGAGAUGCCUGACAAGGACAACACCUUCGUGCUGAAGGUAGAAAAUGGAGCGGAGUACAUCCUGGAGACGAUCGAUUCCCUGCAGAAGAACUCGUGGGUUGCGGACAUCCAGGACUGCAUGGACCCUGGGGACAGUGGAGAUGACAUUGAGCUGACUUCCUGUCCCCAUGGCCCGCCCCCGAGAGAGUCUCCCAUGGUCUCCUCCUGCAGCUGUGAGCUCCUGUCUGAAGGAGUACACAGAGCCCCUGAGAGGCUAUGCGCAGCUGCCACUGACUACAGCGCCCCCUCUGGUCGUGGCCGGGACUGCACGCUCACACAGCACCCCUCCCACAUCCCUCUAGAGCGCUUCCUCCAGCUGGCAGAGGCCCAGGGGCCCAGCCCCCCCACCGGGGCUCAGACGGAGGGGCCCCCGGAGACGCAGGGUGACCCCAGCCUGGCGGGGUACCCCUGGUUCCACGGGACGCUGUCGCGGGUCCGGGCGGCCCAGCUGGUGCUGGCGGGCGGGGCUCGGAGCCACGGGCUCUUCGUGAUCCGGCAGAGCGAGACUCGGCCGGGGGAGUACGUCCUCACCUUCAACUUCCAGGGCAAGGCCAAGCACCUGCGUCUGUCAGUGAACGACACCGGGCAGUGCCACGUGCACCACCUGUGGUUCCACACGGUCUCAGACAUGCUGCAGCACUUCCACCAGCACCCCAUACCGCUGGAGUCAGGAGGCUCUGCUGACAUCACGCUGCGCUGCUACGUACAGACCCCACGCCCUCCUGCAGAGGCAGGUGUGACCCCGCCCCCAGGCGUGACCCCGCCCCCAGGCGUGACCCCGCCCCCUCCCGCCUCCAGAGAGCCGUCCUGUCGGAGCGACCCGCCCCCUCCCGCGCAACACUCCGGAACCUUACCGCCGGCCUCCACCACGCCCGCCGAGGCCCCGCCCCCUCCGCCCGGCUCCUCCCCCUCCUCCCCGCUGGGCGGGGAGGGGCUGCACAGCCGCAGUAACAGCGCCGAGCGUCUGCUGGGCCCGUCCGGCGCCGCCCAGGACUACCACGACAACGACAGCGACGGCGCCCACAGGACCCGGGCUGUGGAGAACCAGUACUCCUUCUACUGAGGGCCCCGGGGGGCUCACGCGGCUCCCUCCUCCCGACCGAGCCACGGGGGAACGCCGGGAUAUUCCUUCCUUCCUUCCAGGCAACGGACGGCGAGGAAAUGCUGCAGAUCCGAGUUGUCCAAAAUGACUAAUAAUAAUAAUAAUAAUAAUAAUAAUAGAUGUGUUGUUAUUAUUACGAAUAAUAACAACAAUAAUCGUAAUGGCAUUUAUAAAGCUCUUUUCAUGAUCUCAAAGUGCUUUUCAGUGAAGGCGGAACGCACCUCCACUCCCACCUGGGCGAUCCACGGCCGUGCCACACCUGAGGGAGAGGGCCAGGAGGGAGAUGAGAAACCAUAUAAAAUGGCCGCCGGCAGCAGGUCUCCAUGCUCGUCUUCCAGCUCUCUCCUGUUUUCUUAUUUGUGAAAGAGCUGUUGCCAGCUAGCUCUGGAAACAUCUCCACCCCCAGGCCCCACCCCCAGGGCCCAUAAUUCUUUGCUGAAGUGGUCUAAAGAGAGAGGGCAGUGCUUUUGCGCUUUGGAACAGCACUGCAUCCAGUAGAGCUGAAACACACGCGUGUGCCGCUGAAAACACACGGCUCUCUGCUGCGAGCCAGACCAGAGCAGCCGCACUCCGAGUGACCGACCACACUCCCCACUGCUCACCUGCGCUAUGGGAACAACACACACUCCCCACUGCUCACCUGCGCUAUGGGAACAACACACACUCCCCACUGCUCACCUGCGCUAUGGGAACAACACACACUCCCCACUGCUCACCUGCGCUAUGGGAACAACACACACAACACACACUCCCCACUGCUCACCUGCACUAUGGGAACAACACACACAACACACACUCCCCACUGCUCACCUGCGCUAUGGGAACAACACACACAACACACACUCCCCACUGCUCACCUGCGCUAUGGGAACAACACACACAACACACACUCCCCACUGCUCACCUGCGCUAUGGGAACAACACACACAACACACACUCCCCACUGCUCACCUGCGCUAUGGGAACAACACACACAACACACACUCCCCACUGCUCACCUGCGCUAUGGGAACAACACACACAACACACACUCCCCACUGCUCACCUGCGCUAUGGGAACAACACACACAACACAAUGUUUCACAGGAAAGCUGGGUGGUGUUAGUUCAACCAGCAGAACUGUACUUCAGUUACCUGAACUGGGUUCAAAUAAUCUGUUUCUGGAUACUUUUCUGUCCUCAUCUUGUCCAUCUUGCCUGGUGCAUUUGAGCCUGCAAGGAGGACCAGAUACAUGGGGUUUACAAUUUUUGGAUCAGGCAAGGCAAGCAUAGUCAAAUGCAGAAAAGUAUUUAAAUCCAAAACAAAUACUGUUUAUAGCAAGGACUGACCGUAACCAGGACAGACUCAGGGAAAUGCGUGGGAGACACCAGGAUGCAGGCUUAUAGGAUCAGAGCUAAAGCGCGGCUUUAAAAUGGAGAACUAACGAGAUGACAACCCUGGAAGCACUCUGGAAAGAGGUUCUGGUUGAGACCAGAGGUUAAUGUGGAUCCCCCUUUUUGGCCCGAUAGCUGUGUCAGUAUCUCUGGGGUAUGUGGUGAUCUGUGAAACCGAGUCUGACCAGCAGGGGGCACCAGAUAGACAGGCCGUUCUGAGCGACUAGGUGAGUGAGCGUUUGUUAAUGUUCAUGUGCCAAUUUGAGACAUUUUUCCGAAAGUAUUUAUUUAUCAGCCAUUGUAAAUUACACAAUCCUCCUUGAGUUUUAUUAUUUGCAUUAUCUUUUUAAUUUUAUUUCUUUCUUUUUUUUUUUUCCCCAUUGUGUGAUCACAAACCCCUCUGGUCCAAAUCAGGUUCACACACAGAAGGGACAUGCUGCAGAUGAGAAAUAUUUCAUUUUUAUUUUUCACCAUUUGAAGCUGCCUCCCUGUGCGUGUUCUGGCGUCGGUUUUUUAAGAAACUAUUUUUUAAGGCUGAAUUUUGUUGUCCGGCUGAGUUUUGAAAGAGUCUGUGCACUUUUGUACAAAGUGAUGUACUUUAUGUACUCUUUAUAUUUCUGUGAAUAAAACUGGUGAAUCUGUUUAGAAA